UUUGCUUCUGUGUCAGUUUGGCAGUGGGAAGGGUGGAGUGAACACGUGUUUGUCUUUUGCCUGAGUAUUUCGAAGAGAACGUGCUACCGUAACCAAAGAUUAUCAGACGAGUUCUCCCGCGGACACGAAAAUGGGCACCAGGCUCCCCUCUCCCCGCGGCGACGGAUCGCUCCGAUGCCACGCGCUCGAAACGAAAUGAAUUGUGAUCGAUAAGCCUCCCGCGUUUUUAUUUUUAAUAAGUCUGUUGUUAAUAAGGUUGUUGUUAAGCUAAAUCCCGCGCGAGAUGGCCCCGGAAAAUUCAGAAAGGCCGAGUGAGGACCAGGCGUGAGAGCAACGUGUCCAGGUGUGACUCGGGAAAGGCCACCGCGCGCUGCUUAACGGGGAAAGAAAGAAAAAAUAAAUAAGAAUAAAAAAGAGAGAGAGCGAGAGAGGGCGGGUCGUUCAUAUAUCUUUGCAUGUGUGAGAGUGCAGGCCUACCCAACAAAAUGAACGGCCUCAUGGUCCGCAAGAAGAAGUACCGCUUCCAGGUGGAUGUGCGGGUGGAGGAGCUGCAGCACGUGCCCUUCGUCAACCAGGUGCUGUUCGCCAAGGUGCGCCUGCUCGACGGGGGCUUCACCGACCACUCCACCAGGCUGAUGGUGCAGGAGCACGCGGUCCGCUGGGACGCGCACUUCAACUUCACGUGCAAGAUGACCGCCAACGCCUCGACGGGGGAGCUGGACUCGUGCGUGUGCAGGGUCUCCGUCAGACAGGAAGUUCGCGGCGGCAAGUCCUUCCAGAAGCUCGGCUACGCCGACGUGAACCUGGCGGAGUUUGCGGGGUCGGGCGGGUCGCAGAGGUACCUGUUGGAGGCCUACGACUCCAAGCACCGUCUCCACAACUCCAUGCUGAAGGUCACCGUGGACAUGACGCUGCUGUCCGGCGACCCCUGCUUCAAGGCCCAGCCGUCCCGAGGCACGCGGUACCAGCCCCCCAACGACGUGGGCGCCGAGGAAGUGCCCCCGAGUAGGCCCACGUCGGGCUCACUCGCCUCCCUCACCUCUUCGGGCUACGACUCGCUCACCAAGAAGGUCAAAGAGGUGUUCGGCGAGAGCGAGGAGGGCGAGGGCUGGGGGGCCGAGGUGCCAGGCCACUCCCGCAACUCCUCCAACACCAGCCAUGGCUCCCACGCCUCGGGCUAUGCUUCUAUCAACUCCCAGUCAGAUAAGUCAGGACAUAUCAGGCCAAGCAGUUUCCGUGUGUAUGCUCCUAGUGGUGCUAGCAUGUCAGACCACGUGUACACUCACCCCUUCCACUACCCACACCCAAAGGGCCUGCCUCCUUCUAAGCCCACCGCUCAGUUUCACUUGCGCCCUUCCGACUCUAAUUCCUUGUGCGAGACUCCUCCUUCAAAACAGUCUCGGCCGAGCUUGUACCUGUACGGGGAGCUCUCCACUAUUCUGGGAGGGUCAACUCCGUCGCUGGUGUCGCUGUCAUCAUCUGGCACCCGUGGUGGCUCCGUGUCAAGUAGCAUAAGCCCAGACCUGACAGACAGUCCUCAGACCUUAGUACAAUCACCACAGCAUCAUGCAUGGCCCUUGAGUGCCUUACAUACAACACUGUCAGCACUUGCAUUGCAUAGUGAGACUUCUAGUUUGCAUGCUUCCACUGACUCCUCUGUUGAAACCAGGAGUGGCAGCGCAGGUUCAGGGGGCAUAAGUGAUGGCGGCUCCUUGGAACGCGCAACUACAGGCCGAACCAAAAAUACAGGAACAGAGGCUAAUAAGGAAUCAAGAGUAGAUGCCACGAGAGUUGACACCAACGAUAUAAUCAAUCAAGUGUUCCAAGUGACAAAGAUUGAGGAGCUGAAGCCUGAUGACUCUGCCGAAACUUCUGGCCUUCAGCUCUACAUCGGGCGCGAUGGAACUGCAGCUUUAGGAGGUCUAAGUCUGAAGUCAGGAGGAGAGUACAAGCCUGUGGUGUUUGACAAGAGAUAGCAUCAACCUCAGUGAGGCAACCUCCACCUCUGUCUAGUAUCUUGGGCAUCAAUUCUGAAACCACAGAGAGAAAAAGAAAAAUUCACUUUAUCAUACUAGUCUUCACAUACACCCCCACUGGGAUAGGGGGAGGGAGGGUGGGAGGGGGAUAGGGAGGGAAGGGAACAGUGGGGUAGGGAACAGUGGGGUAGGGAGAAGAAGGGAGGGAGGGAAGCAGAGGGGUAGAGGAAGGAAACAAGGGGAAAGUUGCAUGUUUAUCAUUGCAUGGACUAUAGAAAGGUGCACAGGUUGUGGUUUCAGAAUUGGCUUUUCAGUUUAAAGCUGCCAAGUGGGGAGAAUUAAUAGCAAAGAUGCUUCCAGAAACUUAUUAAUAUGGUGUAACUGUUACCUCUCUUAGAAAGUAUGGAGGAUACAGUUUUAGAAAGUAUUGAAAAAGUGACAAAAAGUAAAAAACAAAAAAAAAAAACAAAAAAAAAAAACCUAACCCUAAUUUUUCAUGGAAAUUUUAGAUUUCUUUUAGAUACGAUAGCUCAACGCCUGUGAUCCAUCGGAACAAGUGCAAGGUUACAGCAAUUCUUUCCCAAAAUGUUUCCCAGUUGACUUUAAAAAAAGCAUCGCAAAGUUUAUAUAUAAAAUGAGUAUCAGUUACAGUUAUUUGAUUAUAUAGUAAAGAAUAAGAAUAUUUUGUUGUUUGUAGAACAUUUUACUGUGUUAAAUGUCUUUAUGUAUUUUCUUAGUCAAUGUACAUAUUAUUUGAUUUUAAUUAUUGAAGAUUAAAAAACAUUUUCCAUUACAUAGCUGAAAAGUACAGGUCAUCCUUGAGAGUCAUUACUGUAAGAAUGAUUAAUUUAAGUUUGAAUGAGUGUUGACUUAUGGAAAGCAUAGCAAAUGACAUUGCCAUUCUUUUAAUCAAAUAUUAAGAACUGACCACUCAGAAACAUCGACUGAAAAAUAGUUCACAACUAUUUACUAACUAUAACGACACUAGUUCUGGACAGUGAGCAUCCAAAUGCAUGGAGGGAAAUAUGUAAUUUGUACUCAGCUUUUAGGAUCAUAUGUUAGGGAAUUAUUAUUCAGUUAAAGCACACUGUCUCAAUUUUCCAUCAGUAACUAAGUUUGGAAGAAAGAGUCCUAUCAAAUCAUCUAUUGUUUGCAUUUAUAUGAACAUAAUUUGGUCUCUUGCUCGAUAGAGAUCAUGUGGCCAGUGUAAAACAGUAUUCCAAUGUUCAUUUCACUUUUGAAUUUACAUAUACUUUCUAUAAAAAUACAUUUCAGCUUUUUAUUUUCAAGAGAUAUAAAUUAUUACUUAUGGUGAAUAGCCUUUUAUUUUAAGAGAGCUUGUGAAAAGAUUUUUCAGAUUCAGUGCUCUGGAAAUUGAGCAUGAUUCAUGAUUUGUAUUCUUGUUCUUACAUGAUGUGUAGCAUUGUACUAUGCAAGAUGGUAUGAAUUUGUACAUGAAAUUCUACUUUUUGCUUGAUCCAAAGAAAUAAUUUGUUCAGUCAGAUAGACAACUGCACAUUCCAAGCAGAGAAUAUUGUUUAGUCAUUUUGAUUGUACUGUGUUUAGUAUUGUUACUGCAUUUAUUUAUAACUUGCAGAUGGAUACUGAUACUAAAGAAGAGCAAGUUAGUUAUGUAUCAUAUUAAAUUUAUGAGUUUUAAUAAGACUUAGAUCUUUAGAUGACUAGAACCUCAAACACUGCUGUAUGAACCAAAAAAAUCAAUAGACAGUUUUUAAGGGCAUAGUCUGAAAGUUGUUUUCUUUUUAAUGAAAAUGGAAAGAAGAAAAAUUGAAAAACAAAACUUGUAUCCUUUCGUGAAAACUCUGGAAAUAAGUGAUAAUAAGUCCUUCAUUUGUGCCAUGGAGUGUGUGAAUCAUGUAAAGUUGAUGUGUAUAGGGUGAAUCGUAUGUUUGUUAUUAUUGAUGAACAAGGCAGAUAGGAAUUUCACUAGGACAUUGACGAUACUAGCCAGAUAUACACUAAAAUUAACAACUCAUUUGGAGCUAUAUUUCUACUUAGGACUAUUCAAGAAUGAUAUUUUAUUGUUGACCUACACUUAUACCAGUCUAUCUGGCCCCCCUUAUGACUAAUAUUCUGUGUAGCUUGUGAACUUGGUCAUCCCUUUUAAACCCUAGUCAAGCACUUAUGCACAGAUGCAUGAUGGUGCUCUGGUGAUAAACAGAAGAAUUGGUUUCCGUUGAGGUCAUACGGAAUGGCGUGCCUUUUUUUCUCUUUUUUAUGUAGACCACGAACAUCGAAUGACAUAGGAAAUGAUUUUAUUAGGGGAAAAAAUGAAAUGGGCUCAAGUUUUCUGAUAUAUAUUAAAAACAAACAAACUAAUGACUGUCUUCUGAAAUGUGUGUAUUGCACAAUAUACUUUUAGAUGUUACCCUUGGCACUGGAGUGAAAUGAAAUUUUUUUUUUUUUAUACAUGGAAUGGGUAAAUCAGACAGGACAUUUUUAUGUGUGAUUCCUGCGUAUGUUUCAAGAUGCCAGCUCUAUUGUACACAAUGUCAGUUCAAACUUCUUGUUGUCAGAAUCAUUAUUUUUUUUUUUUUUUUUUUUUUUUUUUUUUUUUUUUUUUUUUUUUUGUGUGUCUCCAGUUGUUAGGGAUUGAAGGAUCUGUCGUACCUGCUGUCCUGACCUCAAACAAUAAUAAUUGUGGUAGCUCUGGCCCCUUCCUGUACCAUACCCUGCCAUCACUCUAUAUCAACCAUUUGUGUAAUAACACUGGAAAUCCAUUUAAAUAUCAGAGAAAAUUAAGUCUUCAGAAGAGAAGAAAAAGAUGAUUUGUUAUACAAAUAAAUGUUGGUGGAAAGAAUUUUCUUGUGAUUGUUGGAUCACCUCAUAAGUAGGUAACAUAGAACUUGGCUGAAUAAGAUGGUAGUUAUUCAAUACAUGUCUUAUUUUUGUAGGUCCCCUAAUACUCGGUACCAUCUGCCUAGGAAGAUGAUCCUUCUGUUGAUUUCCAAAUCAUAAGGAAGAAAAAGGAAAAAAAAUACCAGCAAAAUGUAUAUUCAUUGUGAAAAAGUUUUCUGUUGAACAUCAGGUAUGGCUGGUAAGACCUCUCUUUACCUGGACCUGUGUUUAGGAGCUUAUGCAAAUACGAGCCCACAUUCCACAAGAUAUGUACCUAUGUUACCAUUCAGAACUUUCUGUGUGUAGUUAUGUUUGUAAUUUACUUUGUAUAUAGUAGAAUAAUAACAAAUUAUUCAAUAAAGUCUGUGAAUA